AUGCACUGGAACGUGGAAUGGCCAUGCGUCCGGUCUUCGGAGUCUCACUACCCUGGCUUUGGCGUUGCUGUGCCGGGAAAGCUCUUCGUUUGGCCUCUCUUUCCAAUAGUGCUCACCAUCACUGGCGAAAUCCGGUCCGAGCGGCCCUCGCUUGCUGAGGCUCAUGAAAAUCUCGCGAUGACCUUAUUCGUCAUCGCCUGUGUCAAUCCCUGCCAAAUGCAGGAUCGUAAAACCGGACAGGAUUAUUCGGAACGCGGCAAACGCAACCACGUGGGCUAUAUGGCGCCCCUCGCACGGCCCAGAUUUCGCUGUGGCGAGCGAGGGACAGGCGCUCGAAGGAUUGCCACACAAUCUGCAGGAGGCGCCUACGGCGAAUGCUGUGACUUUCGCGCAAGCGCAGGUGCUCAGUCCUGGGGCUUCUAUCCCGGGGCUUCUAUCCCGGGAUUGGCUUCGCCUACUGCUAUGUUCCCCAGCACAGGCCUCGGAAGGAGAAGGUCGGGCAGGAAUGAUCCCGGCGCGUUCCUCGAGCAUAAGUAG